CUGCCAUACUUGUUUUGAGUGCCACGAAAAAGAAGAUUCAGAGUCAAACAUGGCAACGAAUCACACAACAAAAGGAAGUGUGGAUUGUACGCACUGAAUAUUUGUGUUUAUAUAACCUCAAUAAUUAACCAAUAAAUACGUCCUUCUUUGGUUUUAUUUGGCUCAAAAGAAGAGUGGCAGCCGUCUCGACAAACAUGGAGUAAAAAAGCGAUAAAGUUUGGUCUGAAUCCACACACCUUGUUGAGCUCUUCCCGGGGCCCUUUGGGGCCCAGGAAGAGGAUGCAUCGUGGUGGGGAUAAGGACUUCCAGAUAUCAGCAAGAAAAAUGGGCACAUCCUUGCUUUUUCAACUGUCAGCUCAUGAAAGAGAGCUGGACUUGGUAUUUCUGGACCACAGCUAUGCCAAGCCGUGGAAUGCCCACCCAGAUGCCAGCAGCGCCCGGCCCACAAGGACGCUGUUUGUCACCCCUCGUCGCCAGCCUGAAGCCUUGUCAGAUUCAGAUUCUGUGUUAGAUGUGGAGACCAUCACACCAACACCUGUUCCUCUCUAUGAUAAUCAGAAAGCUCUCAGUGUGAUGAAGGAGUGUGAGCGACACGUUCUGUUUGCUCGCACGGUUGCUGAGAGCCCUCCACCCCCCGAUGACUGGGAAGAACAUAUAAACAAGACUGGAUGGUCAGUGGCUCAGAAUAAACUGUUCAAUAAAGUCCUGAAAGCUCUACAAGCUGAAAGACUAGCUCGCCUGGCCAAUGAAAAUGCUUCCAAUGAGCCAAUCUUGCGGAGGAUAGCCGUGGACAAGUGUGCCAGGAAGGUGCGGCAUGCAUUAGCUAGUGUGAACUGGGACACCAAACUGACGCAGUGGUUACACACCACUAUGAUUGAAUCCCUAAGCCUUGCAAUGCUUGCUGCUUAUCUGGAUGUGCUGCAGACUCUCAAAAGCAAGUUGCCAUUGCUGAUUGACAGGAUGUUGCUGACGACAGCAAAGACCGGCGCUCCAAGUGCAGAGGCCCUGUCACUGCUCCUGAAACGGCCAUGGGACCCGGCUGUUGGAGUUCUGUCUCAAAACAAACCGAGCAAGCUUCCUGGAUCCCCACUUAUUCUAAUUGCCUCAUCAAGUCCAACCAAUCCUGCUCUCUCUACCUCACGGCGAAUGAGAUUCUGGCAAUCGCAGCUCUCUUGUUUGGGAAAGGUCAUUCCAGUGCACAGUCAUGUGAACAGCGGAGCCAACAUUGGCAUCACACAGUGCCUGGAGCACAUGCUGGGCACCGUCAGGGCCAAGGUCAUGGAGGUUCACAGUCACUUCCCCCACAAACCAAUCAUCCUGGUUGGCUGGAACGCUGGUGCUCUCAUCGCUUGUCAUGUAUCCCUUAUGGAGUAUCUGACCGCUGUGGUGUGUCUCGGCUUCCCUUUGCUAACAGUCAACGGGCCAAGAGGGGAUGUGGAUGACCCGCUGCUGGACAUGAAGACCCCAGUGUUGUUUGUGGUCGGCCAGAAUGCUCUGCAGUGCAGCAUCGAAGGCAUGGAGGAGUUCAGAGAGAAGCUGAGGGCAGACAACAGCAUGGUGGUGGUGGGAGGAUCAGACGACAACCUAAGAAUCAACUCAGCAAAGAUGAAAUCAGAGGGACUGACACAGACGAUGGUGGACCGCUGCAUUCAGGAUGAGAUAGCUGACUUCUUGUCAGGCGUCCUCACACGGGCUGAUGGCCACGGCCACGGCUCAGGGGAGAUGAGGGACCUGGACACAGAGAAGAAGAAAAGGCCUCGGCGGGAGCUUCCCUUUGACAUGGAGAGAGGGCGACCUUCCUCUCCUGCACUUAGAGUUCCCAUUUCACCAUCAGGCUCAGAGGAUCUGUCGAGUGUCUGUAGCAGUCCCACUUCAAGUCCCAAACCCAAGACAUCUGGCCUGUCUCCAGCACAGAAGUCCAGUCUGAUCACAGCCACGCAGCUCCUCAAGACACACAUGCAGCGCUCUGGCACUGUCCUCACUCACAAGCAGGCUCAAGCUCAGUUUGCUGCUUUUAUGAAACAAAACAUGCUUGUGAGGAAAAAUCUUCCUCCUGGCACUCCUCCUUGUAUUUUUGUGCCAGUGACCAGUGAUCAGAUGGAGGGCCUGGACAGAGAUGAACUGAGGUCCCAUGGCAAGAGGAGGCAGGCGCCGAGUCCCACGCCAAGCAAAGCCUCCAAGAGAGCCAAGAUCAAGGUCACCAUUGUUUCCCAAAGCGAGUCAGCAGGGGGCACCAUUAACCCAGCUGCACAGGAAGUGGGUGUCUCUGGGAAGCCAUUGACAGUGACAGUGGGACAGACAGUGGCUGGAGCCAAGGAGCUCUCUGGACUUCUCACAGGACAGCGGUCUGGUAGUCUCUCAGAGGUAUCUGGUGCCCUGUCCCCAGGCUCCAGCUCAUUCAACAGCGUGCAGCCUUGCAUGGUUUCAGGGUCCUCCACACCAGUCCAGGCGCAAGCUCCGGCUACUGCCCAAGCGCCUUCCGCCAGCAGUCUGCUACAAGGCCUAAGUUUCAGUCUUCAGGAGAUCGUCACCAAAGCUCCUAGCUUGCCCUCCACAGCAGCUAAUACAGGCAGCACCCAGGCGGUCUGUGGGAAACCCCAAGGUCAGGUCCUGAGCUCCGUCGGUACCAGCAGCAGUACUCUGCUCCGGGCGGUGCCUGUGGUCACCACAGGAGGAGUGGCUAAAACCACCGCCAUCCACCAGCUGCUCACGAACGGCGGACUGGCCAAACUUGCCAGCAGCCUUCCCGGCUUGGCGCACAUCACCAAUCAGACCGCUGUAGGGCAGAAAGCCCCCACUUCGAUAACGGUGACCCUGCGAGGAGCGCAGCCCAGUAGAGUGGGAUCUCUCAGCCAAGCUGGUGAGGUUGUGACGCUGGCUCGCACCCUUGAGCCUAAGCAGUGAAAGGUUUCCGUGUGGCGAUACACCUGAUGUAAACUGGUGCUGUGCCAGAGGCAUGUGGGAGCCGCAGCCUGCUGCUGAGACUGUUCCCUCCCUGCAAUGAUGAACGCACCAUCCCAACAACGUGCAGAACACCUGCCUGACAUCCUCCAGAGAGCUCCCCUGUCGAGACGGAUGGAAAAGGCCAGGCAGUCGCUGUCGGCGGUGGCUGAGCUGCUGCGUUGCUUAACCUCCUAUAUUCUGUACAGAUGGGUAGUGGACUGCAAUCCGUGCUACAGUCUGUGCUCUCUUCUUACACCUUUAACACUCUGACUGCCAGGUAUAAAACAUGACACACAUGUUAUCCUCAUUGGAGGAAAUAAUAUCAUGAGAACGCUGCCUGGACUGUGAUAAUACUGCUGUAAAGCCUUGGUGCAGACUGUACGCCUUUAUCUCAACUAAAGAAAAAAAAAAAAGCUUUUUCUGAGUGUAUGUUAAGUCUAAAUCCUUUAAUUAAUAUCUCUCUGCAUCUCUUUUAUCAUAGGCCUAGAGUGUCAAAACUCUUUAUUUCUGAAUAGCUCCAUAAUUUGUGAAAUAACUAUAUUUAAAUGUUGGUCGUGGCUUCUGUUUUAUUUAUCACAGUAAUUAUAUUCACGUCAUUGCAGCAGUUCAUCAUAAUAAUUGCUUUUAUGUGGAACAGUUUUAUUUCACCAUGACAAACAACCUAUAAUCAUAUGAUGGGCCUAAAAUAUGACGGAGUAAGAAGUAAACUUUAAUUAAAUGUCAUUUUUGUCAGAAUUAUGUGAUUGCAGAAGCUACAGUAUGCUGUCAAAGAUGCCUGGCGUUGCACCUGUGCAAUGCUUCCUUUGAAUAAUCUGCACUUUGCACUCAAAAAGCUGUAUUACGUUAAAGGUCAUGUCCCUCCAUAUUUACGAUAAACAGUAUCUGCUAUAUUUACUACUGUAUAAUGCAGUAUGUCCCAUCUGCACUGUGUCAUCACCUGUGUAAGGACUUUUUGUUUGAAACAGCCACAGUAAAAAGGAAAAAAACUAAGGACACUCAACUGUGUUUCCUGCUUGCUAAUGUAAAUAUUUGGCCCUGUGUGUUCAGCACUUGUAUUGAGCAAGCUAAGAAUCUCCUCUUGUCCAAAAUAUAAUGAAGGCGCUUGCGCUCAUGCGUGAUAGUUAUACUGCCGAGUUCCCAGCAUAAACACAGCCCACUCAUCUCAGCUGACAUCCUGUCUUAAAUUCCACACACAGGCAGCAGUCAGAUAAGAUAAAGAGAGGAGUGUGUCUCCUCCCUCUUAUAUAAGCCAGGCUUUGUAUGUAAUAGGCAGGGACAGGAUAACUGAUGCCAGUCUGACACAAAACAACAGAGCUGCUGGCAGAGACUCCCAUCAUCAUCAUCAUAUGCAGCAGCAGCAGCAGUGGAUAUUCAAGCAAUCUGUCUGAGGUCUCCCCAUCCAAUCUCCACCUCAGUUCUGUUAUUUUCUGCAGAAAUUAGUUGGAUGUGCAGUGAGACUGGAAAGAGUAUUUCAGCUUAUAUUCACUAUUUGCAUUAUCAUAUUUUGUGAUCAAUUGAAACUGCGGGGAUGUCUUAAUUUCUCUCCUUUCUGGCCACAUUUUCUGUUGAUAUUUAGUUAAACUAAAGUUUCAUUAAGUUGAAAAUAGAACCGUAAGACAGUAAGACCAAAAUGCUUUAAUAUGUGCAGAACGAACCCUGUGCUAUGUUGAUGCAAUUUACAGGUGUGACAUGCCAACAUACCAUCAUAUAACUUGAGUAAAAGUGAAUUUCUUUUAAAAA